GGCACAGGAAACAUGUUCACCCACACACUAGUACACACUUAUCCUUCAGGCGACCAUCACUCUAUGCUAAGAACACUUCACGUCAUGGAUGCAUCAAAGCCAAUGAGAAUUGUCAUCCUGGGAAAAACUGGGAGUGGUAAAAGCAGCCUGGCCAACACAUUAUUUGGACAGAGACUGUUUGCUAUAAACCACACUCAAAACUCAGAAACAGGACAAUGUCAAGCUCAGACCAAAGCAGUUCGUGGAAGAGAGGUUACUUUGAUCGACACACCUGGUUUCUUCGACACUGACAGAUCGGAGGAGGAGAUGAAGCCUGAGAUAGUGAGGUGCAUCACAGAGUGCUCUCCUGGGCCUCAUGCCUUUCUACUCGUGCUAAAAGUAGAGAAAUACACCGAGCACGAGAAGGCUGUAGUCUCUAAAAUAUGUGAAUACUUUUCUCAAGAAGUUUUCAAAUAUGCUACAGUUCUGUUUACUCACGGUGACCAGCUUCCUGAAGGACAGACAAUCCAGGACUUUGUCAGUCAGAAUGAGUUCAUGAGUGAUCUGGUGAAGAAGUGUGGAGGCCGGUGUCACGUCUUUGACAACAAAUACUGGAACAAACCCUCUGAGGAUGAAUACAGGAGCAACAGGUUCCAGGUGGAGCAGCUGCUGAAAACUAUAGACAAGACAGUGGAGGAAAACCAAGGACACUGCUACACCAACGAGAUGCUACAAGCAGUGGAGGAAAACAUUCGCCAAGAGGAGCAGCGUAUCAGAGAGACAUCAGGAAACAUGUCAGAGGAAGAGAUCAGAGAGCAGGCUAAAGCUAACGUCUAUAAGGAGCUCAUGAUCAUAGUGGCAGGUGUAGCAACAGGAACGCUGUUGGGAACGUUCUUUGGUGUAGUAGUCAUGGUUGGAAUGGUUAAUAUACUCCUAAAAUCGUCUUCAGAAUCAGUUAAGUUGCGUGAGGCUAUAAAAACAACAGCAGCAGCCACAGCGGGAGGAGCUGCUGGAGUAGUAGGAGGAGCAGCAGCAGGAGGAGCAGCAGGAUUCUUUGGGUGGACAUUAGCCACAGGUCCAAUUGCAUUUGCCACAGUUGGAGCUGUGAGAGGAGGGAUAAUAGGAUAUGAUGCAGCGGAGGGAGCAGCGACAGCAGGAGAAGCAGCAAAGAGAACACUAGAGGCUGUGAAGAGCCAAACACAGUCUGUGUUGGAUGAAACCAACAAGGCUUUAGAGAGAGUAAACAUCCAAACCCCAAACACAAGAAGGAUUGUCCUGCUCGGAAAAACUGGAGCUGGAAAGAGCAGCUUGGCCAACAUCAUCUUUGGAGAAAAUCUGUUCACAAUCAGUCAUACACUCAACCCUGAAACUAAAGAAUGUACAAGUAAAACCAAAACCAUUAAUGGAAAACACAUCACUUUGAUUGACACUCCUGGUUUUUAUGACCCAGGCAGGUCUGAGGGUGACAUGAAGGCUGAGAGGGUGAGGUGUACCACAGAGUGCGCUCCUGGGCCUCAUGCUUUUCUCAUUGUGCUCAAAGUGGAAAAAUACACAGCGCACGAGAAGGCUGUCAUCACACGGAUGUGUAAACACUUCUCUGAAGAGGCUUUAACGUGUGCUACAGUCGUCUUCACUCAUGGUGACCAGCUGUCUGACAUGAUGAAAAUUGAGGAAUUUGUCGACCAAAGCGAAGGACUGACAGAUCUGGUGAAGAGGUGCGGUGGCAGGUGCCACGUUGUUGAUAAUAAAUACUGGAACAACCAAGAAGAUGAAUACAGGAACAACAAGUUCCAGGUGGCAGAGCUGCUCAAUACCAUAGAGCAGGUAGUGAUAAAAAACAAAGGCAAAUGUUACACUAAUAAAAUGCUGCAAGCAGUGGAGAAAGAAAUACAUGAAGAACAAGAGCACAUCAGACGGUCUUCAGUAAACAAGACAGAGGAGGAGAUCAGACAACAGGCCAAAGGCACUGUCUUCAAGAGGAGAGUUAACGAGACGCCAUGGACAUGGCUCAGAGUUGUUAUGUGUUUGGCAGCUGUAGUAGGUUUACUUGCAACUGGUACAGCUUUCAUAAGGAGUUUAAAAGCUCUCUCAGUUCUCUCUGUACCUUUGUAUGAAAUAUAUUUCUUUUAACUAUACUGUCCAUUGUUUCCAAUAAACAAAAAAAUAUUCUAGUGA